CCCACGCAUUCACCAUCCAUUGCCACGGCCGAACGACAUCCUUGAGCUGCGCAGUUACUUCGCAUUGUAUUGCUUGGUACUAUCAUCCAUAUCGACGAGCCGAUCGCUACCGACAAUCCCCAUCAUCGCCCGCAACACUCGACGCCGCCAUUCCUCUAUACGCAUAUUGCUACCGAGAAUCCACGCCGACUUCCACCACGCGCGCACGCCCUUCUUCCAUCCAUCGCGAUCCUGCACGGCUCGCAGCCUUGACGGCAGAGUCCAAAGGCCCCAAUGGCCAACAAGGACAACGUGGAUAGUCCAACAAGCUUGUGGACACGGAGAUCAAACAGCAGUAAGCUCGGCCUGUCCACGAGCCGACCUGACCGAAACGACCAUCGCGAGAGCCACGACUCGCCCUCCAUCCGACGCGGAUUCAGCUCAAGCGGCAAGGGCGCUUUUGGCUCAAUCAGCAGCAUUAACACAUCUGCCGUAUCGUCGCCCACAGGUACGGGUGCGUCUUCUGCAUUUGGCUUGGGAACGGGUGCAUUUGCCAGCUUCGGCAGUAGCAAGACACCGAAAACGCCAGGUGCAACCUUUGAUGCAGGAAGGAACCCUCCGUCCGCGAAGCCGGACUCUGGAGAUGAGGCGAAGGAUAAUGCUCGCAGGCCUGGUCCCACGUCUAAAAAGUCACUAGGCGCGAUCCGAACAGUCCCCGAUACAUCCACUGCUACAGCAAAAGACUCUGCUCCGGAACAUGCCCUGCAACAUGCCUGGAUCGUGUAUUACCGCCCGCCGACUUCCAAGAACAGCGAUUACGAGAAAUCGAUCAAGCCCAUGUUCAGGUUCGACACCGUGGAAGCCUUUUGGCAAGUCUUCACACACCUUAAGCGUCCGUCGCAACUGAUCACUGUCUCCGACUAUCACCUCUUCCGUGAGGGCAUACGGCCUGUGUGGGAGGACGCGGAGAAUAAAGAGGGCGGCAAGUUCACAUUGCGUCUGAAGAAGGGCGUGGCAGACAGAUACUGGGAGUACUUAGUGCUUGCCAUUAUUGGAGAUCAGUUCGCAGAAGCUAGCGAUGAGGUCUGCGGCGCUGUUGUUAGUGCCAGGCCAGGCGAGGACGUCAUUUCAAUCUGGACCAAGAACAAUGGUGGCCGCAACGUCAAGAUUAGAGAGACUAUCAAGAGGGUAUUGGAGCUACCUCAGGACACGAAUCUCGUAUUCAGGUCGCACGAUGAUUCCAUACAAUCCCGAGUGGAGGUCGAUAAAGCACGAGCUGAGAAGACCGCCGGAAGGCGCAACACACUCGUCGCGGAUAAGGACAAGGCGGAGGGUUAGAAGGACCCGUCUUGCAGCGCGUGGUGGCCAAUUUUGUAGGACAUGGCCCCAGCCGCUCCUCCCGGAAUUGACGGUUUCAAAUCACGGCACCACGCCAAACAAGGGAUACCUCCUUCCUAUCCGCGUGAUCACGCCAAAGUAUACGGCUACAGAACGCGAAUUUGUCAGAGACCUGGAUGUUGAGAUGAGCGUAUCAAUGUUGUCUACGGCGGCGAAUCUCCUUGCAUGGAAAGCGAAGCGUUCUUUUUUGGAUCAUUGUGUUGUUGUAUACUAUACGUGUGAGAUUUGGGAUAUGCCGGCUGUAGCAUUUGAGCGAGGACAGCGAAAGCCAGCAUUGGCAAGCUACGCUACGUAACACUAUCGCAACAACCCUUUGGGGGGGAAGCGAUGACAGUAGCGCAUGUACUAUCAAAUUUUGCAUAUCUGGGCUGGAUUUGCGAAACAGAAUCCAGGAGAC